CCUGGGCCCCGCCGCGACCUGCAGCUGCCCGACGUCUCUCGGGCCCGCUGCCCCGUGACUCAGUUUCCCCGGAGGCCCCUGGGACGGCAUUCCCGUAUCCCACCCUUUGCCCUCCUCCUGCUUUCCCGCCGGCCUCGAGGCGCCAGAGCACUCGCCCGACCCGCUUUCGGGACCACCGGACGCCCGGCGCGGCAGCUCAGUGCUGGCCAGAUGUGUCUGACCCUGCGCCAGCCCGAUGGGGUGGUGACCCACUGACCCUACGCCCCUCCAGCGUCAUGUGGCCCAACGAUACUUCUCUGGGGCCGUGUUUCCGGCCCACAAACAUCACGCUGGAGGAGCGGCGCCUGAUUGCCUCGCCCUGGUUCGCAGCCUCCUUCUGUGCGGUGGGCCUGGCCUCCAACCUGUUGGCGCUGAGCGCGCUGGCGGGUGCGCGGACGGGCGGCUCGAGCCCGCGCUCCUCCUUCCUCACCUUCCUCUGCGGCCUGGUCCUCACGGACUUCUUGGGGCUGCUGGUCACCGGCAUCAUCGUCGUGUCCCAACACGCCAUCCUCUUCGACUGGCGCGCCGUGGACCCGCGCUGCCGCCUCUGCGACUUCAUGGGCGUCGCCAUGGUCUUCUUCGGCCUGUGCCCUCUGCUGCUGGGGCUCGGGCUGCUGCCGCUGCUGGGGCUGGGCCGCUACUCGCUGCAGUACCCGGGCUCCUGGUGCUUCCUGACGCUGGGCGCGCGGCCGGGCGACGUGGCCUUCGCGCUGCUCUUCGCGCUGCUGGGCGGCCUCUCGGUGGCGCUGUCCUUCGUGCUCAACACCAUCAGCGUGGCCGCCCUGUGCCGCGUCUACCACGGCCGCCAGGCCGCCCAGCAGCGCCCGCGGGACUGCGAGGUGGAGAUGAUGGUGCAGCUACUGGGCAUCAUGGUGGUGGCCAGCGUCUGCUGGAUGCCCUUGCUGGUCUUCAUCGCACAGACCGUGCUGAGGACGCCGCCGGCCAUGAGCGCCUCUGGCCAGCUGUCCCGGGCCACCGAGCGGCAGUUGCUCAUCUACCUGCGCGUGGCCACCUGGAACCAGAUCCUGGACCCCUGGGUCUACAUCCUCUUCCGCCGCGCCGUGCUGCGGCGUCUACACCCGCGCCUCAGCAUGCGGCCCCGGUCGCUGUCCCUGCAGCCACAGCUCUCCCAGGACGCCAGGGGGCCACUGUGACUGCGGAGUGCCCUUUGCUUGCCCCAGGUGCUCCCUGGUCCCUGUGUAACACCCUGCCGUGCCACUCAGAGCCCCCAGCACCCUGCAGGCCCCCAGGGGGCGCCUGGAAGGAAUCGGACUGUGAAGCCCAGUGAAGUGAGGGUUCUUCCGGAAGCCCUCUGAGCUGGGGGUGCUGUGAUCCCUAAGAGGAGGCCUUGUGGGGUUAGAGACCUCCUCUGCAACCCUAUCUGGAGCGGCUUUGCCUAGAACAGGCUCAGAGCGCACGGCUUGGCGGUGCAUGUCAUCAGAGCUAGUUGGGAGGCUGAGGCAGGAGGAUUGCAAGUUCGAACUCGGCCUGAGCAAUUUAGCCAUUUAGUGAGAUCCUGUCUCAAAAUUUUAAAGAGGGGCGGGGAUGCAGAUCAGUGCUGAGCACUUGCUUAGCACGUGCACAGCCCUGGGUUGGACCCCUAACACCUCAAAAAAUAAAGUGAACAGUAAGAGGGGCACCCCCUCUCUUGCCAAAAUAGA